AUGGAGCAGCUUCUGGCGGGCGAGGCGCGGAGGGACGCGCUAGUGGUCGACGGCCGGCAGGUGGCUGGCAGCGGUGACGUGGCGGCGCUAUGGAGCGCGUGCGAGGAGAGGGUGACCGUUAGGGGCGCGCGCAGCGUGGAGUGGAGUGCAGAGGGCGUGCUGCGCAAGAAGCUCACCACACCUCAAGCCAUCUCGCAGGCAGCAUGGGUACGAAUGCACGGGGAGGCGGCACGCUCAUCGCUCGCGCUGCUGCACGCGCAUGGGCUCACUCUCGCCGCCAUCAAUGGUGACACGCACGAGAUGCCGCUGCCUUUUACCUGCUCGCGCCUCUGGCCUCUUCCCAUCGGCCUGCUGCUGCAACCCCUGCACUUCCUGCACUCGCUGCCUGCACAAACACACGCCUUCCCCCCAUCUACACCUCUCCCCGUGCACCCGCUCUCCCCUUUCCCCUCUGCACCUUUUCCGGCCUCCUCUCCAUUCGCCUUCCCCAUCCCCACUGCUGCCACUGCUCCUUUCCCCUCGCCUGCCUCCCCCAUUCCCUUCCCCGCUCUCUCCCCCCACACUCCUGCCAUCAACUCCUCCCUGCCUGCUCAAGCCGCUGCCGCCACCGCUGGUGCUGGUGGGGCAGCUGGCGGGCAGGCAGGGCGGGCAGGGGGUGGCGCGAUGGGUGGUACUGACUGGGCGGAUGGGGCAGUGGGUGGGGCGCACAUGGGGGGGGCGCACUUGGGGGGGGCGCACUUGGGGGGGGCUGACAUGGGGGGCCCUUACAUGGAGGCAGGGUGCUUCACGCUCUUACACGCACAUGAUGAACUGCAGCCCUCCGUUACCCCCUCUGAUCCCCUCUUCCUCGUUCUCUCCCUCCUCAUUAACACGCCCCUUUUCACCACUCUUCCCUGCACUCCCCUCGACACGCUUCCACUCUCUCCCCGCUCCCCUCUCUUCCAGCCAGUGGCCAUGGAGGGCACAUCACCAUGGCAGCAGGGAGGGAGUGAGGAGGUGCUCUGGUCGUCCACGGAGGUGCCGCUGCUCGCCACCUUCAACCACGCCCGUCGCCAGCACUCCGUGUGGCACCUGCGCUACCUCCCACAACGCUUCCUGCACCAAUCAUCUGGCGCCCCGUCAGCAGCAGAGCAGGAUCCACUAAUUGCAGGGCUGAGCCCCGUGUCUCCAGCAACGGCUGCUGGGAGGGCGGAGGGGGUGAUGGGGACGGGGGGGGUGAGGGGGGCGGGCCAGGAGGGUGUGGUGGCAGGGAGAGGAGGCGGUGGGGGUGGGGGGGAUGCGGGCAUGGUGGGGGAUCUGAGGCUGCAGGCGGGGCGAGGGGAUGUGGGUGGGAGUGUGGGCAGUGGGGACAGGCGGGGGAGGGGAGGGGGAAGAGGAGGUGCGGCAGGCGUGGCAGCAGCGGCGAAGCUGAGUCGCUUCGCGGGGGGUGGGGGGGGUGGGGGGCCUGGUGGAGGGGUGGGGGGGAGAGCAGCAGGAGGACAGGCUGGGAGUGGUCGGGGAAGCAUGGAGGGGCAGACGGGGGGGGGAGGGGUGGGCGAGAGGGGCGGGGAUGGUGGGGAGGGGCGGGCGGGAGGCGAGAGGUGGGAUGCGGAGGGAGAGGGCGGAGGGUGGUGUGUGCGCAUGACACGUGUGUGGACGGGGCUUACAGGCCAGGACAAGGCCUCCCACGUGCUGCUCCUCUCCCACACCCCCCUAUCCUCCUCUCCCCCUGGCCCUUCCUCCUCCUGCCCCCACCACACGUCCCUCCCUGCCGCCAUCGCGCCUCUCCUCAGUCCCUCGCCCCCCCGUGGCUCGGCCUCCCUUGCCUUUUGCACGCCCGCUAGCCAGCGCGUGUGGGUGCGACACGUGGCGUAUGGAGGCCCAGGGGAGGUCCAGGGCGAGGGGGGUGCGGAGGAGGAGGAGAGCAGGGCCGAUGAAAAGGGGGGGAGUGGGAGAGGCGGGGAUGAGGGCAGGGGGAGGGUGGUGCACAUGGAGGGGCGGCGCUGCUGGUCGGUGGAGGCUGUCUCUGCUGUGGCUGAGCAUCGCUUCCAAGUCAAGCUAGCAGUCGCCGCCCACCUGCCUGCCAGGUGUCUCGCUGCCAUUCGUGCCAGCCCCUUCCCCCGCCGCCUCUCCCACGACCUGCGCUGCGCCCUGCUCGCCCCGCGCCUCUGGAGGCUGCAGCAACAGCAACGCAGGGGGGAGCACAAGGCAGGGGAGCGUGUGGAGAGAGGUGGUGGGGCGGGUGAGGGGCGGCGAGUGGAGCUAGUGAAGCUGUGCACGCUGGUGGGCGCGGCUGAUGGGGAUGCUGAUGAUGCAGAGGGAGGGGAGGGCGAGGAGUGGUGCACGCUGCUGGGUGUGGUGGAGGAGUGGAUUGAGGCGGCACUGGUGGGGGGUGGUGCUCGCACUGGCACUGGCAAGCAGGACAAGGAAAGAGAGAGGAAGCAGGAGGGAGAGAGAGAAGGGGAGCAGGGCGCAGAGGCAAUGGAGGUGGAUGGUGAGGGCGACACAGGCAGUGCAGGCAGGGGGGCACAGGGAGGUGCAGGCCAGGGGAGUCAAGCAGCAGCAGGUGGGGAGGGAGGGAGCGAGGCAGGGCAGUCAGCAUGGGAGGGGCUGCUGGGCAGCCAGCACCACCGCCACCUGCUGCUCGCCGGUGCUCCCCCCUGGAUGCCGUUCCCCCUCCCCUCACCGCCCACUACCGUCCAUGCCGCUCCUGCUCGCCCUGGUGCUGCCACUACUGCUGCAACGCCCAGCAUGCCUGGGGGGGAGAGAGGGGCAGACGGGGAGGGAGUGCAGGUGGGGGGAGAGUGGGGCGAGGGCGGGGAGGGCGUGGGGGUGGGGGAGCUGGUGGAGGUGCUGUGGGCGCUGCACGGCGUGUAUGAGGAGAGCCGCCUUGAUGCCCUGUGCCGCAGCUCGCUGCCUGCCCUAGCAGCGUUAGUGUGGGUGCUGGCAGCAGUGCUGGGCGCGCAUGACCUGUGCGACCACUACCAGCGCCACCAUCCCGCCCUCGCCCUCCUCGCUUGCUCCUUUCCUCCCAUUCUGUCAGAGCGCGCACUGCCUCCCCACCCUGCAUUGCCAUCCGUCGUGCCAUGUGUCUUCACCUGGUUGGCUCGCACUGCGCAGUUCGGUCCAAGUCAUGCCGCCCCUUGGCUGGCGUGGAUGCCCCCCUCCUUGCUGUCCACUGCCGCCCUGCCUACGCUGGGCAGUGCAGGGCAGGCGGCAGAGGGAGUGGUGGGAGGGGAGAUGGAUGGGAGAGGCAGAGAGGCAAGAGGAGGGCGGGGAGCAAGGGAGGGCAGGGGCGUGCAGGAGGGCGGCGAGUGGUGGGAGAAGUGGGAGAGCGAGGGGGAAGGAGGCACAGGGCUGCUGCCUCUGGUGGUGGCGCUCUUUUCGCUGCUCUUCCCCCACGGUGACUGGACCCGCCCUGCUGCCCGCCCUACUGCCCGCGCGCCACCGAAAGCCAGGCACAAGGCGGCUGUGGGAGAAGGGGCGCCGGGUGGAGGGAAGGCAAGCACUGACAAGGGAGGGAAAGGGGGUGCAGAGGGGGAUGAAGGUAGGGGCGGGGCCGCGGCAGUGGCAGGAUGGGGCGAUGGUGUGGGGGGGAUGAGUGAGCGGUGUGUGGCAGCCAUGGUGGCGGCACGCAUGGGGAGGUCCGACCUGCAGAGGCUGCCCCCUGCCGUCGCCCUGCCCCUGCUGCAGGUCAGCUCCUUCCCUUGCCAUCAUCCCUUCUUGCGUUCUUCCUCCUCGCUUUUCCUCUCUUCCCAAAUCCUUUCAAUCGCGCUGCAUGUGUGCAGGGAGAGCCCGCCCCCCGGGUGGCCAGCAGCGGCAUACGUGCUGGUGGGGAGGGACGACCUCGCUGCCACCGCCACCGCCUGCCUGCGCUGCUUCUCCCUCCGCCACUCGUCGCUGCCUCGCUGCCCCUCCCCUCACUCGCAUCUCAGCGGCGCUGCGGAAGGCACCACCGCAACCACGGAAUUAUGCACCACUGCAGUGCCGCACUCCCUCUCGCCGCCCGCCUUCUCCUUCCCUCCCACUGUGCUCGUCCGCCCGCUCUCCCCCUUCCCCUCGUCCCCCCACCCCUCCCUGCACCCCUCCCUCGCCCUCCCCGGAUCCCACACCACUCAAGGCCUCGCCUCCGCCUCAGGGGUGGGCGUGGGGGGCAUGGGGGCGGGGGCGGGCAGCGGAAUGGGGGUGGGGGGGGCAUCGGAUGCAGCGGGGGUGGGAGGGGGAGGGGCGGGUGUGGAGGGUGCGGGCGGCGAGGGCAUGGUGGCGGACGGCAUGGAGCAUCUGCUGCUGCCGCCCGCCCGCUCCCUGCUGGCCCUACGCUUUCCCUGCGACCUGCGCCUUGCUGAGGCCCUGUCGGUCCCCAAGCUGGUGCUGGCGGGGCGCUUGAUGGCGCAGAACGAUGCCACGGUGGGUGGCACAGGGCAGGGCAUGCAUGGGCCUGGCAGUGGGCUCUUGGAUCCGGCUGCCCUGAUGCUUCUGCGGAGUAUCACCGUUACCUUCAACAGUUCUAUCCCUCUCUCCACCAAUGCGUCUCACUCUCCUCUCCAGGUGGGACUGGAUGGCUCGCUGGGCAACCUAUCAGAGCUCGCCACGUGGCCAGAGUUCCACAACGGGGUGGCGGCCGGCCUCAAGCUCGCCCGGGAGGCCUCGAGUGCGCACGGCGGGUUGCUCAUGGCGCUGGGGCUGCGCGGCCACCUGCGUGUGCUCGCCCCCACCGACUUCUUCCGUGACCUCGCCCUCGAGCACGAGGCAACGACGGUGGGUGUGCUGCUGGGCGCUGCUGCGUCGUACCGCGCCACCAUGGACGCCAAUAUCUGCAAGAUGCUCUAUCUGCACAUCCCAUCGCGCCACCCUCCUUCUUUCCCCGACCUCGAGCUCCCUCCCAGCAUCCAGGUACGUCUACCAUGGCUUUCCUCUCAUCCAAGUGCCGCGCUUCUGCUCCCAUCAACUGUUCCCCCCCCCCCCCUGCAUGUUUCUAUCCCCACCUCAAUGCCCAAUCUGCUCCAUCCACCACUUGCUGCCCUUUGCUCUCUGCACCCCCCUGCACCCCUCUCUGCUCCCUGGCACGGUGCAGACGGCAGCGCUGGUGGGGGUGGGGCUGCUGCACAUGGGUCCCUUCUUGCUCAUUCGUCUCCUCAGUCCCUUCUUGCUCAUUCGUCUCCUCAGUCCCUUCUUGCUCAUUCGUCUCCUCAGUCCCUUCUUGCUCAUUCGUCUCCUCAGUCCCUUCUUGCUCAUUCGUCUCCUCAGUCCCUUCUUGCUCAUUCGUCUCCUCAGUCCCUUCUUGCUCAUUCGUCUCCUCAGUCCCUUCUUGCUCAUUCGUCUCCUCAGUCCCUUCUUGCUCAUUCGUCUCCUCAGUCCCUUCUUGCUUAUUCGUCUCCUCAGUCCCUUCUUGCUCAUCUCAUCUCUUCUUCAUCGUUCCCUCAGCUUUUCCUCCGAAAUCGUUGUCAUCCCCAUGUCUCCCACUUUCCCUUAACCCCUUCCCACCUUCUCCUUCCCUCGCCACAGCAGCAGGGACAACAGGGAGUAGCGGGGCAGGCGGAGUGGAGUUGGGGGGGAGGGGGAGCAGCAGGAGACAAGCCGGGGGGCAUGGGGCAGUGGCCGGGUGCCACUGCCAGCAGCACCGGUCAUGUGUUGGAGGGCAACACACCCAAUGUGGAUGUCACAGCACCAGGAGCCAUCCUCGCACUCGCCAUGAUGUACCUUCAGUCGAACAACGAGGCGGUGGCAGCACGCCUGGCCCCGCCAGCAACGCACUUCGCUCUCGAGUUUGUGCGCCCCGACUUCAUCCUCCUGCGCGUCCUCGCCUGCUCCCUCAUCCUCUGGGACAGGGCAGGGCAUGGUGCAAGCCGGCAUGUGUCUAUUGACCCUCACACCUUCACUCCACCCACGUUUGCACCUCCUCCGACCGCCACACCUUCCCUCCUAUCGCACCUCCAUCCUCCCACCCUCUGCUUUUCUCGCUGCCUUCACUCCACCUCCUCAUGUGUCUGUCUUCAUUCUCUCUUUCCUUCCCCCAUCUCUGUCCCCUUCCCUUUCCCCCACACAGGGCUGCGCUAUGCAGGUUCAGCCAACGGUGAAGCAGAGAAGCUUCUCCGAAGCUACGCGCUGCUAUUCUUCUUCCUCCGAGAGCGCCGGCCCGUCACAGCCGUGGGCUGUCCAUUCGCGGUGCCGCUGCAGCACUGGCGGGCGCUGCUGGAUGCCCGCACCCUGGACACCGCUGUCAACGCUGCCGUGCUCUCCCUCUCCCUCGUCAUGGCAGGAACGGGUCAUCUGCCAUCGCUGCGUCUGCUGCUUUUCUUCCACCGCCGCACUGCUGCUGCCGCCGAUGCCGCUGCUGUCAACGCUGCCACCACCUAUGGCUCGCACAUGGCGGUGAGCAUGGCGAUCGGUUUCCUGGCCCUCAGCGCCUGCCAGGCCACCUUCUCCACUUCGCCCCCGGCUGUGGCGGCGCUGCUGCUCGCGCUCUUCCCGCACUUCCCCUCCUCGCCCUCCGACCACCGCUGCCACCUGCAGGCGUUGCGGCAUUUCUGGGUGCUGGCGGUGGAGGAGAGGGCGUUCGUGGAGGCAGUGGAUGUGGACACGUGGCAGCCUGUCAUUGCCCCACUGCGCCUCACCCUCAAGCCCUCUGACUCGUCCACUCCUACCACUCUGUCGCUGCACACGCCGUGCCUGCUGCCACCGCUGCCUCAGCUGAGGGAGCUGCGGCUGUGUGGACGCAACUUCUGGCCUCUGCGAGUUGCUGCCAGAAUAGCAG